CAUGGAGCAUGGGGGUGUGUCCUCUCAGAUCAUCCAUGUGGCUUAGUUUUAAAUAUUCCUGACUGUAGAGAGGGAGAUAUGAGUCCUGUCCAAGGACAUAACACCAUGAGAUUUUAGAUCCUGAAAGCGAAACAACUUAAAUUGGUGCGGCAACAUACCCACUAGCACGUCGCCUUCUCUAUGUCCCAAAUUUAUGUGGGAAUUUUUAUUUUCAAAUCAGGGACGGGUUCCAUGGCUCUGGAUGUCGAUGGAGGCUCUAAGAGGAACUAGCACAAGCAAGGGAGACGUGUGGUCCUAUGGAGUUGUUCUUUGGGAGAUAGUUACUCUCGGUGAACUGCCGUACAAAGGAGUGACAGGCGUGGUGGAACUUCAUGACCUGCUUCAAGAGGGUGCGAGAUUGCCAAAACCACCACAUUGUUCUGAUGAGCUUUAUAACGUCAUGUUACGAUGCUGGCAAAGGUCUCCCGAUGACCGUCCAUCCUUCGAGGACCUGCAUGCGAUACUCAAUGGAAUACUACAAGAGGAAGAGGAAUUUACAAGUAUUCUGAUGCUCUCUUUUUAAAAGUUACCAAACGGUUUAUGAAUGAAGUGCUGCCGUUUUAUGCGCUAACGUUAAUGUUUUUUUUUACUUUUUUUUUUCAUCCGUUUUUGUCUUAGAUAGAGAACGUACAUAAAUGUGACUUUCUACGAGGGCCAGGAGACAAAAAAUUACGAGGAAACCAAAUUGUAACUGCCUCACUGGUCACUUCAUCAGCGAGACCAGGAACUUGAUUUCGGACUGUUCACUGCCUUGCGUUACUUUGCUAUUAUGAUAAGGAAAGCUAAAAAUAGGUAUUCAUUGUAUAAACUAGAAAAACUACACUUUUAUGAGCAAAAUCUAUUGGUAUAAUUUAUACUCAAAGAAACUAAACUAAAAUUACUUAAUUAAAAAGAUAUAUAGUUAUUAAAAGGUAUUAUUUCUAAAGCUUGCUAUUUUGACGCAGUUUUGAAUGCAUAUAUCACGUGGCUAAGUUUAUUAAAAGCCUUUCUGUAAUGUCUUAGUCUGUCACCUAGAUAUCAUCUCAUGAUCAGAUGUUUUUUAGUUUUAGCUGUGGUAUAAGAAAUGUUUCAUGUUUCAAUUAUUUGUAACUAUAUAAAUAUAUAACUGUUGUAUCAAGAUAGAUAAAAAUGACGCACUAAAAAAAUUCCUAGCUCUUAAUUAAAUGUACAGCCUUUUUUCGUUUAUAUUAUUAUUGUAGAUUUCCUAACGUCUAACGUCUGAUAAAGCUUGUCUUAAGGGUGUACCUCGCGGAGCGUUGGCAAUAGUGAUAUUCCUAAAGGCGAGAACUUACCUUUAGGAUGCCGUCUUGAUGCGGUGGUAAAGCUUGCGUGUCAUAUCGUAAGUAAUUAUCAAUUUCACUGAAGAGAUUGUCAUCAUAAUCUCUUGUUGCACUUGUUUAUGAAAAUGUAUAUGAAAGGAUUAAUUUCAUAGACUAGUAGACUAAGUUCGGCUCAAUUUCGCGAUUAAAGCUAAUGUUAAUUGCUUA